CACUGAUAGGUGACACAAUGGCAGCUCAGAUGGGCACUGAUAUGUGGCAUAGAUGUGCACUGGUAGGCACUGACAUGUGGCAUUGAUGUGGUACUGAUGGGCACAGGCAGGUGGCACUGAUGAGCACUGACAGCUGGCACUGAUGGACACUGACAGGUGGCACUGCUGGGGCUACACUGAUCAUCGGGGCACACUGAUCAUCACUGUCAGCGUGACAGCUCAUGAGGAGAGAAAUGCCGAUAACCGGCAUUUCCCUGUUUACAUGUGAUCAGAUGUGAUUGGACACAGCUGAUCACAUGACCGUGAUGA